GCCUGGCCCUGCGCCAGGCCUGAGUCACGCUGCCCGCCCUCCCAGCUCUUCUCCCCUCCGCACUGCGCCGGCCCUGGCCUGUGCCACGGCGCGGGUAGAGGGCCAGGGGCUGCCUGCCCAGCUCGCCUUGCGAGGGCCCGGUUAAUUAUAACUGACCUCAGUGCCCCGCCGGGCCGCACUGCCCAGGAGACCCGGCAACCAGGGCCUUCAGGUUGUCGGGCACGGGAGGAGGAGCCAGGCUGGAGCAAAUGAGGCGCGGAAGGUGGCAGAGCGGAAGGAGGUGCCCAAGAAGACCGCCAGGCCAGCCCGGAGCCGCCGCCGCUGCCCUCCCUGGAGCGCCUUCUGCCCCCAGGCCCGAGUCCUGGCCAUGCUCCGCGCGGAGCUGCCCCUGUCCUGCCUGGGCCGCUCCCUGCUGCUGCUGCAGCUGCUGCUGCCGCCCACGUCCGCCUUCUUCCCCAACAUCUGGAGCCUCCUGGCCGCCCCUGGCUCCAUCACCCACCAGGACCUGACCGAAGAGGCAGCGCUCAACGUCACCUUGCAGCUCUUCCUGGAGCAGCCACCCCCAGGCCGGCCCCCGCUGCAGCCCGAGGACUUCCUGGGCCGCACCCUGCUCGCCGACGACCUCUUCGCCGCCUACUUCGGAGCCGGGUUUUCCUCCCGGCGGUUCCGAGCAGCCCUGGGAGAGGUGUCUCGUGCCAAUGCCGCUCAGGACUUCCUGGCGGCUUCCAGGAACGACCCGGACCUGCACUUCGACGCUGAGCGGCUGGACCAGGCUCGAGACCGCCUGGCGGGGGCUCUGCGGGAGACACUGGCGGCAGCCGCAGCCCAGGACCACGCGCUGGCCCGCCGGCGUCUCGGGGCCGCGCUGCACGCCCUGCAGGAUUUCUACAGCCACAGCAACUGGGUGGAGCUGGGGAGGCAGCAGCCACACCCUCACCUCCUCUGGCCCCGGAGGCGGGAGCUCUGGAGCCUGGCGCAAGAGGGCGACCCUACCUGCUCUGACUGUGAGGCGUUGAGCUGUUCUGGGAAUUUGCUGGGCUCCACGCUCCUCACUUCCGGCUACUUUGGAACUCAUCCCCCCAAACCUCCAGGGAAAUGUAGCCAUGGGGGCCAUUUUGACCAGAGCAGUGCCCAGCCGCCCCGGGGAGGCAUCAACAAGGACAGCACGUCCCCUGGCUUCUCCCCGCACCAUGUGCUGCACCCGCAGGCUGCACAGCUGGCCCUGCUGGCCUCCAUCGAGGCCUUCAGCCUCCUGCGGGGCCGCCUGGGAGACAGGGGGUUCUCCAGGCUGCUGGACAUCACCCCGGCCUCCAGCCUGAGCUUCGUCCUGGACACCACGGGCAGCAUGGGAGAGGAGAUCAAUGCGGCCAAAAUCCAGGCUCGCCACAUUGUGGAGCAGCGGCGCGGCAGCCCCAUGGAACCGGCCUACUACGUCCUGGUGCCUUUCCAUGACCCAGGCUUCGGCCCUGUCUUCACAACCAGCGACCCUCACAUCUUCUGGCAACAACUCAAUGAGAUCCAGGCGCUGGGGGGUGGAGACGAGCCUGAGAUGUGUCUGUCUGCCCUGGAGCUGGCCCUGCUGCACACACCGCCGCUCUCAGACAUCUUUGUCUUCACGGACGCCUCCCCCAAGGAUGCCUUUCUCACCAACAGGAUUGAAUCCUUGACUCAGGAGCGGCGCUGCAGGGUGACAUUCCUGGUGACUGAAGAUCCGUCAAGGCUUCAGGGUCGAACUCGGCGUGAGGUUUUGUCACCUCUGCGUUUUGAGCCAUAUGAAGCAGUGGCCCUGGCGUCAGGAGGAGAAGUGAUCUUCACCAAAGACCAGCACAUUCAGGACGUGGCGGCCGUCAUUGGGGACAGCAUGGGUGCUCUGGUGACUCUUCCGCUGGAGCCCCCCGUCCCGGCGCCGGGGAGCGCGGCCGUGUUCAGCGUGGACGGGCUGCUCCGGAAGCUCACUGUGCGCCUGCACGGGAAGAUCAGGGCCUUCCGGAUCAAGAGCCCCGCAGGGGCGUCUCAGGACCACGAGGAAGGUGUGGGUCCUCUAGGGCGCACUCGCCGCUUUGGCCAGUUCUGGCUGGUGAGCGUGGCGGAGCCCCCGCAGACGGGGACGUGGGAGAUCCAGGUCACAGCUGAGGGCACCCCUCGCGUGCGAGUGCAAGCCCAGACCUGCCUGGACUUCCUCUUCCACUUCGGGACCCCCGCGGAGGGCGGACCCCACCCUGGCCUCUACCCGCUGGCGCAGCCCGUUGCAGGGCUGCCCGCCCAGCUGCUGGUGGAAGUGACCGGGCCGGGCGCCGGGGGCCCAGCGCCGCGCUUCUCCCACGGCCGCCUGCUGACCCGGGCCGCGCCGGCCGGGGGGACGGUCCUUCCCGGGCUGCCCCCUUCUCCACCCGGACGGCGACCCCGGUUCCAUCCGCAGCACCGCAC